AUGUCUUCUUCAGAUUUAGAUGAUUUCUAUUCAUCAUUGUAUGGAGCUACUAGUGAUGAAAAACAAUCAACAACAGCUGAAACAACAGCGUUAGCAGCAGCAGCAACAACAACUAGCAAUAAUGGAAAAUCAAAUGACCAGCAGGGUACAAAGAGAAAGAUAGAUGAUGAAAACGAUGCAUCUUCGACAACAACUAAUAAUACAACGAAUAAUAAUACAUCAACUACAACGACUGCUACAACAACAACAACUACUACUACACCUACAAAUGCUAAAAUGAUACCACCAAGUUUAAUGAGAAAGAAGACAGCUGCAGCAUCUAGCACAACAAAGAAACCGACAACAUCAACAUCAUCAUCAACAUCAACAACAACAUCAUCAUCAUCAUCUGUUAUAAAUUCAGCAGCUGUUAUAUCAUCGAAAGCAGUUACCUAUUCAGCCAGUACCAUUUCAAAGCUACAGGAAUCGAAUGAAGUCAAAGUACCAUCAUACAAUUCACAUAUCACCAAAGAGAAACCGAUGGUCACUAUGGAGGAACCAAAGAAACUGAAAUAUACAAUGACCGCUGCUGGUAACUCUUGGGAGGAUCCAACGCUAUCCGAGUGGGAUUCCAAUGAUUUUCGUUUGUUUGUAGGUGAUCUCGGUAACGAUGUCACCGAUGAACUACUGAAGCAAGCCUUCCAACGAUAUCCAUCGUUCCUCAAAGCAAAAGUACUACGAGACAAGCGUACCCUAAAAUCAAAGGGAUUCGGUUUCGUUUCAUUCUCUGACUCGAAAGACUAUGUUCGAGCACUCCGUGAAAUGAAUGGCACGCCCAUUACGGUAUAUGCCUCAUCAGCAAUAUUAGUAUUUAUCUUUAUUGGUUUUGAUUUUUCUUUAUCAGAUAUUCCGAAUUGUAUGAUAUCAGAUAAUCCAAACCCAACCCCUAUUUAUGCAAAAGAUAUAUAUUUAAUUGUUAGUGAUACUGUAUCAUCAGGAAGAUAUGCAGCUGAUUUAAAUAAUCAAUCAAUGAAUGAUUAUAAAGGACAUUCAUUUGUUACUGGAUCAAAUCCUGGUUCUCGAACCUUACAUAACCUUUUGAAAACUACUACUGGAGGUGCUUACUCAGGUGGAUCCUCUAACUAUUUAAAUGGUCUUAGGGCGUCGGGAAGUUACUUCCCAACCUACGAUGGUUUCAAUGCAGCUUCAAUCGAUAACGAAGAAGAUAUAAGAAAUCAAAUACAAUAUGUAAAGAAUCAAACAAAUAUAGUUUAUGGAACAAGUGGUUAUAAUAACAAGUGGAAGAUGGUUAACGCUUAUUUUGGACUAUUCAAAGCGUGUUCGAUUUGUUCAAAGAUUGACUCUGCUUAUCAAACAAACCCAAUCUAUUGGAAGUCAUAUUAUUGGAAUAUUAUUGGAAAUCUUACAAAUAAUUUUCCAUCAAAGACAAUUGUUAAUUUAAUUGGACUACCCGAUUUAAAUCAAUUUAAAUCUGCUGGUACAAUGUGUAAAGCUUACAAUCAAGAUAAUAAUAUUUGUCCGUGUUUGUGGACACAGACAACGGCUACCUUAACAGCCAUAGUUAAUGCAGCCAAUCAAGGUAUGAAAGAUGCCAUCUCCUAUUGGAAACAAUCGGUCAACCAACAAACAACAACCAUUGGCUUCAUAUAUCAGCCAUUUUUGACGAGUACUACCUUUCCAUCUUCGGCACUUUCACCAGUCGAUUGUUUCCAUCCGAACCAAGCAGGACACCAACUUAUGUCAACAGGUCUAUGGAACAACCUCUUAGAAUAUUCUACCAAAUCAACAUCGAUUUCUUCCUCUACCAAUCUUAUUUGUGAAGAUACUUUCGAUGGUGUAGAUAGGGAUAAAAUAAUGAUAAAUAAACAAAAACUGCAACUACUAUUGAUUACAAUAUCAUUUGUAAUCAGUUUAGUCAGUGUAGUUCAUGCAAUACAAAUAGAUUCUCAUUCACAACUUAAAGCAUAUGAUGGUGUUGGAACGAAUCCACCUGUUGUUUUUGCUUACAAUGGAAACUUUGGAGAUACCUACAGUUGGACUGUACCGAGAGCACCUUUAGAUUCCACUUCAAAGAAACGUAAGCUAGGUUCAACCUCAGUGAUAUUUAAUCUUCAUUUCGAUAUCAAUGCCGCUCCAUACUUUAGUGGUCCGUUCGAAUAUGUCGAGCCGAUCAUCAAUGACCUCUCGCCACAGUCGUACUACCCCAAUGCCAACGGCAGAACACUUCGUCUCCAAGGAGAGUACUUCAUUAUCAACGACGACGAUCCCCAUCCCACUGCAGAGAUGAUUCGUUACGACGGUGCUGUUCACGCGCUCACCAUCAACAGUGUCGGACACAACGAAAUCCAAUGUGUAAUACCCGAUAUUUCGCCGGCAGACAUCGGUGGUUAUGUAAUUAAGGUGCGAACCUACACAGGAUUGGAAGUGACUGGUCCAAACAACUUUGACUAUGUCGUUCCCGUCGUUAGGUCGGUUACUCCCGAUCGUGGUAUCGCAGGACAAACACACGUCAUCGUGCUGAACGGUGACAACUUCUACGAUAUCUUCGGUUUUUCUGUCUCCACCAUCACUGUCGGUGGACAACCAUGCACCAAUCCCCAAGUAGACAAACUGACAGGCGCAAUCAGUUGCACGACACCCAACGUAGCGCUAGCACCAAGCCAAGCAGACCAACAAGAUAUCACAUUAACCAUCGAUGUUCAACAAGCUCAUUGUGACAGAAAAUUCAUAUUCUACAGUAAUUUUCUGAAAGCUCCUGAAAUUCUAACUAUCAAUCCAAAGAGAGGAUUUGCAGCUGGUGGAACUAAUGUUGUUGUUCAAGGACACUACUUGAUGGAUGUGACAGCAGCUAAUAUUGGUGGAUCGAUAUGUACUAUCGAUGUUACUACUAUCACUGCCGAUACUUUUACAUGUAGAACUAGUGCUUUCGAUUUGAAUGAUAUCACUGGUGUCACUCAUAGUCUUGUGGCAACGAUUGGCGGUGGCCAAUAUAGUUCGCCACCCACCGAGCAAUUCACUUAUUACACACCGAACAUCGUAUCGAUUUCACCUGCUAAAAUCAUUGACAAAGCCAACUGGGUUGUGACAAUAACGGGAACUGGAUUCUUUGCGAACAACUUGGUGAAGAUUGCCGACCAGGUGUUUGUACCAACCGGUGCAUCCACCGACAAGAUUCUCUAUGUCGACGUCGAUGCCAGCACACUCUCAGUAGGAAAUGCUAAUCUUAUUGUAAACUCUGAUGGCGGUGAUUCCAACACUGUUCAGAUCGCCGUUGCCAAACCAGAGAUCUCUGCUAUCACACCGGCCAACGGAUAUGUAUUCUCUGAGACCGCUGUCACUUUGACCAUCAAGGAUUUCCCACUUGGUAUGACUCAGGAUGAUAUCGAUAAAUACUUUGUAGUCAAGAUUAAAGAUAAACUGUGUGAGCGAUUGGUACAGGUCGACGCUACCAGAAUGACGUGUAUGGUGCAACCAGGUGAUGCCGUUCAAGCCGAAGAUCUAUCAUUCUCCAUCAAAACCAUUGCAUAUACAUCAACAGUGAAAUUCACUUACUUUGAACCGACAGUAACUGCACAGGCACAAUCUACAAACAUCCCUAAGGGUGGAGGUAAUCUUGUGAUCGAUGGAACCAACUUGGAUCUCGUCUCAACUGUCAAGCUGGACACUGAAAUCAUGGAUAUCACAACAUGUGUCAUUCAAGUCGCUCGAAUCACUUGCACCAUUCCAGCUCAUAUUCCAGGUGCUUUCCCAAUUGUUUUGGUUGUUGUCGAUACCAACGAUGUCGAACACGAAUACAACACUGGUACAAACAUCAAUUAUGUCGGUCCAUCCAUUACCAAAGUCAGUCCAAAGUAUGGAUCGAAAAUGCAUGCUGCCACCAUCACUCUUGAGGGAACAGGCUUUGGAAAUACAGCUGGUUUGAUAACUGUUACUGUGGGUGCCAAUGCGUGUAACAACGUUGUAGUGGUCACCAACAACAUUAAGAUCACUUGUGAUAUUGCAGCACUCGCACCGGCAGUCUAUCCAGUGGAGAUUCAAGUGCAACCCAACGCACUCACCGCAGCAGUCGAUUCAAUGGAUCAAAUUACCUACACUUCAAAUACACUCUCUUGUCUUGCACCCGGUGGAGCAGACGGUUCGAGUGCAGCAGUCGAUUGGUGGUUUGUCUACAAACUCAGUUCGGGAGCAAGCAACCCAUAUCUCUACAUAGAUUCCACUAUGGAUCGUCUCGAAAGAAGAAUAAAUCUCCAAGAUCAUCCAACAGCCAACACAUAUACCAGUCCAAUAGAAGCAACUUUCUUACAACACCCAGAUUACUACUAUAUGUUUUUCAACGAUCAACCAGACUCUAGAACUCCAGCCGGUAAAAGAUCGAAAUCAAAGAGAAAAACAUCACAUGGUGCACAUGGUCAUCUGAAAGGUAUGAUCUUUUGGGAUGAUCCUGCACCUGUGACUGGACAUGUCAGUGGAAUUCAUAUUGAGCACUCCAAUCCCGCUUUCCCUUCGUACCAAGCCGCUUCUGGUACAGCACUGAAUGGACCGGACAAAGGUAUUAAAUUCCUUGGUGCCAACGAUUUCAAUCAAUACUUCUUUUGUUAUUCUUUCAAUCAACUGGAGCAUGUUUUCCGUUAUAUUUCAUUCAAUGACGGUAAUCCACUUGAGAAGUACCGUGUGUUUGCAAACAUGAAUACCUGGACACAAAUUCAAAAGAAUCAAUACCCCUAUUUCUAUGAUUAUCUCUCUCAACAUCUCAGUUACAGCGAUCGUGUACCGUCGCUUGGAACACCAGCCAAGAAGGAGCCAAGUGAAUUGAUGGAAGAUUGUGUCGCUGUCAUCGCCGGUACCGUUGCCCUAGAGAAUGUAUGUUGGUGGCGAACCGGACAGAUUGCAGUGGCCAACGGUAAUCUCAAUGCCUACUACUUUAUGAAGAUAGGAACCGAUUUCACCGAUAGAACCUAUCCAUUUGGAAAUGCUGCUUUGCCACGUCCACCAACACUCAGCAAAUACAUCCUAAAGAAACAGGAAACAAGGGUUUACGAUGGUAUCGAUUUGUGGAUGGUCGUAGCCGAUCACUUCCAGAGAAAGAUGUUCAUUGAAAUGUUCUAUGCCAUCGCUGCCAAACAGAUGGAACCAACCGAACAAGUCUUGAAUGUUGCAUUCCUUGAACUUCCUCAACUACUUGCCACUCGAACACCAAAUGGAGCAGGUGGAUUCGACUACGAUGAUUUCCAAUACACCGGAAGAAAAGAUGAACAUGCUAAAUUUGGUCUGCCAAUGUACCCAGCUUAUGGUGCAAACGCAAAUAAUGCCAAUGAAAAUUAUUUCUGUGUUGGUGAUAGCAAUAGACAUAAUGGUCAAGGUGGUCGUGGUGGUGGAGUUGUUUGUAUUCAGCAUCCAACUUUGGUUUAUCAAUUCCACAGAAUGGUUAGACACUAUAACACUUUGAAUGCAGCCGGUCAACUGACUAAUCCUUCUGAUAGAGAUGCCAUUGAGUUUUCUUUUGCAAUUAACCAACCGAUCAAGCUUGACAGACCAGCCACCUGGACAAACCCAGUCAACAUCGAAAUCAAAGACUAUAUUGCCAAUGUUCAUUACUCAAAGUUGCCAAAGGAAGUCUACCAAGUUCUCCCAGCCACCAUCCUAGCGGCACACGAUGUGCUCGCCGAGUUCCAAGCACUCAGAACCACCCGUACCAAUGUAGCACCAGCAGGUGGCGAGAUGACAUCGGUCACCCCUCCAGCGACAUUCCCGGUAACCCAACCCGAUAUUAUGAAUUUCGUUGCAACGGAUAUCAUGACUCUCCACUACCAGGCGUUCGACCAAGCCAUUGGAUCGGUAUGUGAUUACGACGCACUGAAAGUUGCAUGUUUGCAAGCGGAUACACGUGUCACAGAAAUCGAUAGAACACUUCCAUUUGGUUAUGCAGCACCUGACUAUCCUGCCGCCUAUGGAUACACCUAUGCCGGAUUGCAACCAGUGAGAACCUACAAUUUGAAUACCAACAAGGAUUUCAUUCUACUCAAAUUCGUAUCGGAAUUCAUGACCAAACUUCCAAAUCCCAAGAGAAAGAACUACGAAUUUAUGAUCGAUACCACAGGUACCAUUUUAACAACUCGUUUCCAACCACCGUUUAUUAUCAGACUUACAGAAGAUAUGUGUCAAGAAGAAAUUGCUUACUUUAUGACACUUCAAUACAUCUACUACCAAGCUGGUGCACAGAAUGAAGCAACUCUAUUAUACAACAUCAAUGCCAUCAGUCCAAAUUGGGCAAAUGGUGUAAUUUUAGCUAUUUCAAAGAAACUUUAUAAUAGUUUAGUUGUUGGAAAGAAUGCAAACUUUGAUCCAUGUUUUGAUAAUAUUUUUGAUAAUUUCCCUAAUAUUGAAACUUAUACAGAUGAUAAGGCAAUGGAUCCACCAGGUUUAACUUUGGAAAAGAUUGUAAGAAGAUCAGCUGCUGCUGCUUGGGAUUGGAUGGGUCCAUCCUAUGCUGAUGGUAAUGGUGCCAGAGUUAAUAGAGUUGAUAAUGCCGAUGUUAUUCCAGUGGAUUACUUGAUGAAGCUGAUGAUUAAGACCUUCCAAAUUAGUGGUGUUCAAUCAAUGGAUGGUUUCGCCAAAUUGGUUAAGAAACAAUACAAGACUGAGAUCAACUUUAAGACCAUUCUCAUCAAUAACUACAUUAUUAAACCACCUGCACCAAAGGUAGCUGUCGUUGCUAAUAAUGGUAUCGUCCUUAUGAAUUUACCGAUGAACUUCCAAUCGAGAAGAUUACAAGAGUUGAUCGAAGAUCCAAUCGAUUCACAAGCACCACUUCUUCAGAACGAAAGAUCAUUGGACUCGGGUAUUCACCAACUCCUGCUUUCCUACAUGAAUACAAUGAAUGAGAGCAGUGUCACUUCACUCACUCCAUAUGAACAGGAAAAGUUGGAGACAUCCAUCGACAAGUGGAUAACCAUACGUAGUCAAAGCCAAGCAAUUCAGACAUUGGUAUUGGAUCCAACCAAUCAGCACAGCAAUCAACCGAUUAAGUUUAUCGAUGAAAUCAAUCGUGACCAGAAUGGCUAUCAAAUAGAUCUUGGAUACCAAACGAUUGGUACCACCGGUAGUAGAUACACAUUGUUAACACCUCUUUCCAUAGUCUCAAUUACAUUCGUUCUCGAAAGUAUCAUGAUAAGUGAAGCAGCAAGCAGAGUUUCAAUUGGAGAUUUAGAAUUUUAUUAUCUUCCAAAGCCAGCCAAUUACAAUGGUGUCAUCACAAGUGAUGUCGAUGGAAUCGGACCAGUUGUGACAUCGAUCAGUAACUCCACCGGACCAACCGUGGGUGGUAAUAUAAUUACUCUCAAUGGUAUCAGAUUCAAUUCAUCGAUGACCGUUGCAGUUGGUGACUAUGAAUGUCAAUCCACUACACUUGUCUCUUCCAACCAAAUAGUGUGUACAGUUCCAAAGGGUUCAGGUACUCAACAUUUGAUUCAACUCUUUACCGACCAAACUUUAUUCAACCUUCAGAGAACCAAAUUCUUCUAUUCAUACAAUGCACCAGCGAUCAUCGAUAUCUCUCCAAAUAUUAUUGAGAGCUACGGUACUGAUAUCAUGACUAUUUUCGGUUCCAACUUUGGUGAUGAUGUCAGCAAAGUCAAGAUCAUGAUUGAUGAGAGACUCGAAUGUUCUCCAAUCAUUGGUAUUUCAUCGGAUUCAAUCGUUUGUGUUACACCAUCUGCCAUUGGUGACCAUCGUACUGUGACUUUAUCUGUUGCUGAUCAAUCUUCAAGAUACACAAUCGCUACUCUCGAGACCCAAUCAUUCAGUUUCAGCGGACCUCAAAUCAACGCUUUCGCUCCGAGCUCUGGUGAUCCCAAUGAUGUUAUCAUUGUACUGGGUAAUGGUUUCGGUAAUCCUGAAGACUCUGACUUGCCACCACUCAUCUACAUCGGUGAUGAUCUCGUUGAAAUCAACAACUUCACCAAUGAUGAGAUUACCUUUACUCUGGAAUUCGAUACACUCACCCAACCACUCGUCAUCCAAGCCGGAGAUCAAUCUGUCAACUCUCAGUUCACAUACCUUCCACCAGUCGUUUCACUUUUCAACAAUACAUUUGUUCAAACCUCGGGAGGAUUGAUUCAAAUCUUUGGAUAUGGAUGGGGUAUCUCAACGGAUGAAGUUGAGUUCACAGUGGGAGCAAGCGACAUUGAUUGUAAUGCAUUCGAUUACUUUGUAGAGUGCUACAUUCCUCCUGGUAUCGGAGCAAACCUGAGUGUUACAGCAACAGUGUCAGAUCAAUCGAUUGAUCUUGGAUUAAACGAUACCAUUUCCUAUCUUCCACCAACCAUCUCCGAGUAUAGGAUUGGUGAUGAAAAUAACUUGUUAUUCUAUGGUACAAACUUUGUUCCAGUUGACCUUGGUGUAACAUUCGACGCAGCUACAACCUAUGUCAAACUUGUUUAUGAUAACCAAAUACAGAUAUGCACGACCUUCAAGACUAGCAGUUAUAUCGAAUGUGCCUAUUCAAAUCAGUUACCAAAUACAGCUCAAGUCUUUAUUGCUGGACAACCAUCAAAUAUUCUCAAUCUUUCACUAGAGUAA